CUCUCUCCCUUUAUCUUGCUCUCACGCUCUCUCUCCCCUUCAUCUCACCUCCAACUAGUCAGUGUUCCGUCUCUGUCCUGCACUGUCUCUCUCUCUCUUUCCCUCUCUGUCUCUCUCUCUGUCUCUCUCUCUUUUUGGUGUGCUGAAGCUCUAGUGUGGUUUGCUGUCUGUCCGUGCGUUGCCGGUCUCGUUCCUCUGCAGACCUGAACCUCCAGCUCUACCCGGGACUCCAGCUCACUCCACAGCGGGCAUUCACAAACCAUUGUCAGACAUACAAAGUUUUAGAAAUGGCCAUGAACAGCAUCCUGAACCCCGAUGACAUCAAGAAAGCCCUUGGUGCAUUUAAAGCCGCUGACUCAUUCGACCAUAAGAAGUUUUUCGAGAUGGUCGGGCUGAAGGCGAUGUCGGCCGAUGGUGUAAAGAAGGCUUUCCAUGUGCUGGAUGCAGACAACAGCGGUUUUAUAGAAGAAGAAGAACUCAAGUUUGUUCUGAAGGGUUUCGCGACAGACGGUAGAGAUUUGACCGAUAAAGAGACCAAAGCAUUCCUGCAGGCUGCAGACAAAGAUGGAGAUGGAAAGAUUGGAGCUGAAGAGUUUGCCGCUCUGGUUCGCGAAUAAGUGAGGCAGACACUUGACCUGUUCGUACCUCAUCCUGUUCAUGACCUCAGCACACCCCGAGACACAUACACACACGCCUCCCUGCUUACCUCAUCACUUACGCACACACAUACAAUCCUCCUACAAUCAUGAUAUUUAUUUUCCUUUUUAUACAGAAGUGAAUAUAUCUGCUAGUGUAUAGAUCAAGAGACCUUUAAAAGGUCAAGAACCACAUGCAAUAUGUAGAUAUUAUAGAAGAUAAAAAAACGCUUCCACAUCCUUAUUGCCUCACUAUUGUUUUUAUCCCUGGUCUGUGUUUGUCUCCUCUGACCCUCCUCAUUUCUCUGAAAACACACCAAAAGAAAAAGAGGUCAAGCUGUGAAAGACAACAUAAUAAAGAGAUGAUGCCUCAAGAGUUUCAGCUCGUAAUGAA